GAUCCACCGCUGAGCAGUUUCUAACCCUCCGUGACCUAAUAUUUUUCUCCUGCUUGCCAAGGUUUUCCCAGAUAAAUUUGUUGAACGUGAGAUCCUCUUACUGGAACUCCAUUGUUCUCGUCUUGAUAAAGGAUGCCAAUGGAAAGGAAAGUUAAAGCAUCGUCAGGACCACGAGAAUGUCUGUGAAUUUGGAGAAAUCCAUUGCGUUCAUCCCAAAUGUGGAAUUUUGGUGCAAAGAUCCAAGUUGGCUAAUCAUCUUGAAAACAGCUGCAGCUACAGGGAAGAGUUGUGCAGUUACUGUGAAAAAAGGAUCGUAUUCGUCGAUAUGACGGUAAAUCGUUUACUAAUUAUUGUAUUUUUAACGGUGUUCAGUAUACAUGCACGUUGAGAUCGCUGAAGCGAUAAGGGAAGUGCGCGGUCAUGGUUAUCAGUUGGGUAUGGAAAGUUUAAAGUUUCGCGCUGGACAGUCUUGCAACAGCAAACUGCAGUAAAAUUACUAAAGUCAGUUAUUUACAAGUUGUCAUUACUGGCAAUGCAACGUCCAGGUACUACUGCAUGAUCAUGAAGCUUCCAUGCAUUCAAUUGAAAAACAUCACUGACCUCUUCACUAAACGUUCUCUUAUUUAUUUUUGAUUUUACAUGUUUAUUGAUACUAUUACUGCACAUUUAACGAGUGUUUACACACAGCAACCCAACACAUAUUGUCUUGUAAUAUGCAUCUUCAGGGUCAUCACCAGACUGACUGCCCUCAAUUUCCAGAGCGUUGUCCGGAAUGUGGAAAACAAGAUAUUCCCAGGAGCCAGAUAUCUACCCACUUGGAUCCAGCUGUAGGUGAUUGUCAGGAAAUCAAAACAUUGUGUCCAUUCAAGACAGUCGGAUGCAAAGAAACUAAGGCGAUGGCUCUAGAUGAAAGAGUGAAUCACCUUAAGGAGUGCACGCCAGAACNAUUCAACACUAAUCCACCGGACGUCGUUGUCCCUCCUGUUUUGAAAGUAACAUUCUUAAUCUACCAUAUGCAAAGGUAUACUGAGAGGAAGUGCUCUGUAUUGUGCAUGUGA